UUAGGGUUUUUUUCAGUCCAAAACAGGACUUUUUAUAUAUUUAUGUAUGUAAAUAUUUUAAAAAUAAACAUAUAUUUCCUUCACAUGUGAGGACUUUUCGAAAAGCCGGUGGUCCGUUCGGUUCAUACAGGGACUUCGACAGGUGUGACCGUUGGACGGCGGACUCAUACGUCACUGUGCGCUUUUCUGGAAGUUUCUCGGUUCUUGAACAGUUUUGUUGUUUUAACACAGAACCUGGACAAUAAGAACCUUUAUUACUGAAACAAUAGUGAAUGAGAGACUGAACCAGAGCUCUGUGUAAUGUAAGGAGGCUGCUGUGUGUGACCGUUGAAUUUUCAAACAGUGUAACUGUGCAUUAUAGCUUUAAUUUAAGUUUUAAUAUUCAAUAAACACAUAGAAAACCAGAGAAAUCCACUUGGGCUGGACAGCUAGAAUCUUCAGGCUUUUCAGCAUCGUGUUUUGGUGUGAAAGCUCACAAUGACCGACCUGAAAUAUUCAAGUUUGGAUGAAACAUCACUUCGGAAUCUGCUCGACAGGACAGCAGAUAUGGCGGAGCGGCGUCUCAUUCGCUCGGCCAUGCGAGAGCUGCGGAGGCGGGAGAUCGAGGACAUGGAGGCCGCGCUGGCCAACAAGAGAUUCAGACGGGCGCAGGAGCACCGGCACGACGACAAAGAGAAUCAGCAUCGGCCUGACUUGGCAGCAUCUUUGGAUUCGCUCUCUAGGAAAGUUCAGGACAUUCAGGACAUCGACGAGCUCUCAGCGAUGUUACAAAACAGCACCGAGUACGAAGAACGGAAGCUCAUUCGCGCAGCCGUUCGCCGCCUGAGAGACCAGGAGAUUCAGGGUGCGCUGGAGAAGAUUACAUUAACCGGACAGCAGAAUCCUUCCAGAGGCUCCGACCUGGAGAGAGAAAAAGUGGAGAAGUCUGAACUGGUGGAAAAACUUCACAGCCAAACGCAGAGCAGAGAGGCCGUCAGAACAGGCUCCAACUCCGACAUGGUAUUAGUGCUGGACCCGCUGCUCCGGGACAAGGUGUCCUGCCCCCUGACCCCUCUCACCCGGCGAGACUCGCCCCCUUCCGAUGUCAUCCCUCUGUACCGCAGCCAUUCCAGCUCACGCUCCUCAGAGAUCGGUCAGUCCCACGCGCAUCCGGACGCCGACGGUCCUGAACGGGAUCCUGAGAGGGGCGACCCGGGUUCUACCUCGAGCAACGGUCUGGACACGGCGGACGGGGCGGCGAACUCUGUAUGCGCAGGAAGCACCAGCAACGGGCCGCUGAGGGAGUUCACGUUCAGUCCUAAUCCAGGAUCGAAGCACAAGGUCACUUCAGGCUCAGACGCUCCUCUGUUUCCUCUCAAUAAAGACGCAGCAUCUAUAAACAAAGCGUCGCCCUACCAGCUGCUCGGACGCGCCGCUUCGGUCCCGAAAUUCACAGGACCAGAAUCCGAGGCGAGCAGAGGACCGACUUCCGCCUCUUCAGCCUCCUCCAAGAUUAGAGACGACACUCAGGAAACAUCUUCGUCACCUCCUUUCUCCUCCUCGUCCGCCACUCUCGACCUAUCGCGGCGGCCGGUGGGCGGGGCCCGAACCCUCUCUGAAAAUGUCGGCGCUGCCUCCCGCAGCUCAGAAGAGCACGAGACUCCCAACGGAAACGCAUCACCAGCAGUCGAGGACGAGUCUCAGUCCAGCAUGAAGACCAUGUUCACUAUCGAAAUCAAGGAGGGGCGAACCACGGCUUCCCAGGCUUCGUCCUCCUCCGCGCCGGGGUCCGUUGCCACGCCCCGGCUCAUCGCCAGCGCCGCCGGGCAGAGAGCAGAACUGACUCUGGGUUUGAGAGCAACACCGUUCAAGCUCACCAGCUCCAGUAUUGCGACAGGCUCUUCCUUUAAGGUAGAAACGGAGCCUGCGUUCACGGUCGAACCCAAAUUCGAGGCGGUCAGCGACGCCCCGGUCGUCCACAACGGUUCAUCGGCGGCCCAGCUGAAAAGAGAAGCCCACGGUGCGCCCGCCGGCGACGACAAGCUCACGUCCGAGCAGCUGGAGGCCAUAGAGGACGAGGAGAUCCUGGACAAGAUGCUCGAUGACUCCAAAGAUUUUGAAGAGAGGAAAAUGAUCAGGGCGGCGAUGCGAGAACUUCGGAAGAAAAAGAGAGAGGCCAGGUUGGGAUGUACACAGGAGGAAAUAGACCAGAGAGAAAAGGAGCGGGAUCUGCGUCUGCUGGAGCUGAGGCAGCAGAGAGAUGAGAAAGCCCAGAAGAAUCGAGCCGGCGCCGGCGAGGUGAUGACCAGGAAGAUCGAGAAGUCGGCCGACGGUUCCGGCGUCCGCGAGACCACCAAGACCGACCGCUUCGCCCAGUCAGAUAACGGCAGCAGGACGACUCGUAGCACCGUCAUGGAAAGCAGUUACACGCAGCAGUCCGACAGAGGGACCAUGCAGACUAAAUCCUACAGUUACUCCUCGUCUUCCUCCACUACAACCAGGAAGAUUGGGAGUGUGUUUGAUCGUGAGGACGAAUCCUCCCACAGCGGAGGCAGCAUGGCGGCACUGGAGCGCAGACAGGCCGAGCGUAAAAAGGAACUCAUGAGGGCUCAAACGCUCCCCAAAACGUCCACCUCACAGGCUCGGAAAGCCAUGAUCGAGAAGCUCGAGAAGGACGGCGGAGGCAGUUCAGUUGCUCAAGUCAAGGUGCAGCGCUCCACCAGCUUCGGUGUGCCCAACGCCAACUCCAUCAAGCAGAUGUUGCUGGACUGGUGUAAAGCCAAGACUCGCGGCUAUGAGAACGUGGACAUUCAGAACUUCUCCUCCAGCUGGAGUGACGGAAUGGCCUUCUGUGCUCUGGUGCACAACUUCUUCCCCGAGGCCUUCGACUACUCGUCUCUGAGCCCCAGCGAUCGCAGGCAGAACUUCGAGGUGGCCUUCAGGACAGCAGAGGACCUCGCCGACUGCCCCCAGCUCUUGGACGUGGACGACAUGGUGCGGCUGCGGGAGCCCGACUGGAAGUGCGUGUACACGUACCUCCAGGAGUUCUACAGAGGCCUGGUGCAGAAGGGCUUGGUCAAAACCAAAAACUCCCUCUAAAGGUCCAAAUAUCGUGCUGAACGAGCCUUUGCGAACUGCAUGCCCCUGUUGGAAGUGGAGGACAUGAUGAUAAUGGGGAAGAAACCCGACUCCAAGUGCGUCUUCACCUACGUGCAGUCGCUGGUCAAUCACCUGCGCAGAUACGAGAUGGCGUGUCGAGCACACUCGGAUUUCUGAGGACGUAUCUAAGCACCUCCUGAAGGCUUUUUUUCUCCCACAAUGCUGUGCUAGAACUGUUUCCCGGUCCGCUUCUCUUUAUACUGUGUUCUUCAGGUUGGGACGCUUAACUAAACCACGCUGGUUUUGGGACACCGAAACAUUUACACCGUUACGCUCAUGAGCUCAUAUCACAUGUAGAAUCAUGACCAUUUUCUUAUGUCCAGUUUUAUAAAGCUUCUAACCCUCUACGGUACUACGUCUUUAUCCCAGCAUGCACUGCAUCAAAGUGUCAGGAGGUGACUACCUGGAUGUUCGGCGACAUAUAGCCAAAAAUAUGUGGACACCCUGUUUAAUCAUAGUUAGGCUGAAUAAUCCACACACAUUGAAAAAACAAUGAAUCGCUUCCAUCUCCGUGGUCCUGACCACAACUCCUACACACAUUUGGAAUAAAUAAAUGCUGGACGCAUUACAAAAAUGGAGAAAGGAGAGGAAGGCAGAUCCAUAUUUAUGCUUGUCCAACAAGUUUGUGCUCAGGUGUCCACACAACUUUUGGACGUAUAUGGAGCUUGUGUGUCCCAAAUAUCAAAAUAUCUACCAAAUUAUGUCACGUUUACCUUCGCCAAUGUGUUUAAACUCCCUUAAAUACAGGGUUUUCCAUGUGUUAUACUUCCCACCCAGGUUCUGAACCAGUGGCUUUCCAUACUGUGUACUCACACAACCAUGUUUUGACCCCAGUGGCUUUCCAUACAGUCACUUGUGUCUGUAAAGCCCUAGAUCAGACCACUGACACAGCUAAAAUUAGAACCCGGGUCUCACCAGUGCGCCCCAGACUGAAUCUUAAACCAGUACCUUAAUGCGUUUUCCGCCGAGUGAUUCUAACCAGACGCUACAGCAUGAUUUCAAACUCUGUAGCACGAUGUUAAGACUGUGAGGUGAGGAACCGCAUCAGCAAACGUUCGGUCACACGUACAGACGUCACACGUCCCUGUUUUUAUUGUUUAUGCUUCACGUCACGGUUGUGAAUUUCAUUUUUCAUUUUAUUAGGUUUUUACUGAACCGUUUUGUUCAUGAACUGCUUUUUUCUCAAAAAGCACAAACGACUCCUCGGUCACAUCAUGUAACUCGGUUAGAUGUGUUUAUUAUUAUUAUUUGUUUUUGUGUAUUUUUCCGUGCAGAACACACGACACUUGAUGAAGACGUGAAGACGUCUCAGCCAUAACCAAGAUCCAGUAUUGUUUUUCAUUUCUGUUGUUUUAAAUGAAGCUCUGACACUUUGUCAUUCACUUCUAUUCAGAUUAAGGUUGUUUAUAUUAUAUAAAUAUAUAUAUAUAUAUAUAUUUGAAUUUGACGUUAGUUUGUAACUAUUGACGGACGAUUUUAUUUAAUAGUAUCUCGAGGCUUUAUUAUGGUUUUAGUUUCUAUAACGUGCCAGUACUCUGUAUUACUGUUAACGACCCAUCAGAACAGAAUUAGUAUAAAAACACCUCGAAUUUUAUCAUCCUGUCAUGUUGCUUUUUUAAAAUAUAUAUUUCUACUAUUCCUCUUAUGUCACCUAUUUACUAACGACCUAUCAGCAGCUAAAUAAUAGUUCAUACACUAUAAGGACAAAUGUACUGGGACACCACAUCUAUUUUUUAAUUCAUGUGUUUCAGCCACAAUUCCUAACAGAUGUGAUGAACCAAUUAUUUAAAGGAAAUUAUCAGACUUCAUGCUUCACUUUAUGCUGGACAGGAAAGGACCUUUCCUAAACUGUUACUGCAGAGUGACUGCAUCUGUGCACAAAGCAAACUCAAUAAAUACAUGAAGAAAAUCUCAGUAUAAAGGAACUCCAGUGGCCUGCACAGUGCCCUGACCUCAGCCCUACUGACCAGCUCUGAAACCAUUUGUAUUUGAACCGUACAGACGCCGUCAUCUUUUGACUGAAUGGGCACAAAUUCCCACAGACGUACUUCAAAGUCUUGUGAGAAGCCUCCUCAAAAAGGGGCUGCUGUUCUAGCUGAAACGAUCACAUAGGUCAGUCUAUUUUAAUGGUGUUUUUUAAAGAAGACGUCCAGCAAGAUUAUGACCAGGUGUCCAAAUACUUUUGGCCGUAAAUCGUAUUUGUAAGUGUUGGUUAUGAUUAAUACUCUAAAUAAAUAAGGUCAGUCAGGAAGGACUCACCUUUUCAGAAGAGCGGAAGCUUGUGUGGCCCAACAGGACGGGCGCUAUUACGAUGCUUGUGGUCAGGUGUCCAAAUACUUUUGGCCAUGUGGUCAUUCUAAUGUUUCUUAGUGUUCCCAUCAAGGGAUUUUAUUUUUCUCGUCAUACCAUGGCUACCACGGUUGUCCUUUAUGGAGCUGCACUGAAGAAUAUUACCCACGCUGCACUUCUGUACAUGGCAAAGUGUUUUAAAGUGAUUAUUAAAACUCUUGAAAAAA